UAUCAGAAAAACAUGGCGGCCGUUACUCUGGUCUGCCGUCGUCCUGCGAGUGUCCUUCCCAGGAUUUUCAGUGAUGGCUCCCCUGUGGUGCUGGCCUCUGCCCCCGUGGCAGUCCAGCAGAGGAAAGUCCAUCAUUCUGUCAUCCCCCGAGGCAAGGGUGGCCGCUCUUCCUUUAGCGGGAUAUCAGCCACUGUCUUUGGCGCCACUGGCUUCCUGGGCAGAUAUGUGGUCAAUCGUCUUGGGCGUAUGGGUUCUCAGAUUGUGGUUCCUCACCGCUGUGACCAGUAUGAUAUCAUGUACCUCAGACCCAUGGGAGACCUGGGCCAGAUAAUCUUCCUGGAAUGGGACGCCAGAAACAAGGAGACCAUAAAACAAGCCAUGGCUCACUCCAAUGUGGUCAUCAAUUUGGUGGGAAGAGAGUGGGAGACAAGGAACUACCGCUUUGAGGACAUCUAUGUGUCAAUCCCACAGGCGAUUGCCAAAGCAGCCCGUGAAGCAGGCAUCCCAAAGCUUAUCCAUAUGUCCCACCUGAAUGCAGACAUCCGUAGCCCCUCAAAAUAUCUGCGGAACAAGGCAGUCGGGGAGCAAGCAGUAAGAGAUGAGUUCCCCGAUGCGGUCAUCAUGAAGCCCUCUGAGAUGUUUGGGAGGGAGGACAGGUUCCUCAACCACUUUGCAAAUAUGCGCUGGUUUGGGAGAGCCGUGCCCAUGAUAGCUCUGGGGAAGAAGACGGUCAAGCAACCUGUGCAUGUUGUGGAUGUGGCCAAGGCUAUUGUCAAUGCCAUAAAAGACCCUGACUCCAAUGGGAAAACCUAUGCUCUAGUUGGGCCCAACCGGUAUCUCCUGCAUGACCUGGUGGAGUACGUCUACGCUGUGGCGCACAGGCCGUUUGUACCUUACCCAAUGCCACGACCGCUGUAUCACAUGAUUGCAAAGUUUUUCGAGAUGAACCCGUUUGAGCCGUGGACAACUUGUGACAAAGUAGAUCGGCUCCACCUCACAGACAUGAAGUACCCAGGCCUGCCUGGCCUGGAGGACCUCGGUAUCGUGCCCUCCUCGGUGGAGCAGAAGGCCAUCGAGGUCCUGCGCCGUCACCGCCGCUUCCGCUGGUUAGAGGCUGAGCUGGGGGAGACCAAGCCAGCCAAGACGGUCGAUAUCUGAGCAGCCCGGGAGGGCCUGGCAGCACCUGCCCACUACCACGCCACCAGGGCGGCGCUCUGCACACAAUGCUCCCUUUUAUUUUACCAAUCUUCUGUACAUAUGAGAAAGC